UUCUUCUCAACAAAAUCUUCAUGGAGUCCCAAAAAUCAUCAAUUCAAUCUCUUGUCAAUACGAUAAAAAGAGAUGUACUUUCUGUCAUGGGCUCACACUCAUUCCUCUCCCCUUCACCAUAUGACACCGCAUGGCUAGCAAUGAUUCCUGAUCCUCACCGACAUGAACGUCCCAUGUUCGAGGGUUGUCUUAAUUGGGUGCUUCAGAAUCAGAAUGAAGAAGGCUUUUGGGGAUAUCAUGAUUAUGAUAGACAUGAAAUGCCCGGUGGAGUGGAGUGUCUUGCUUCGACCCUUGUUUGCAUGACCGUGCUCAAAAAGUGGCAUGCCGGUUCACCUUUAAUAGAGAAAGGACUAAAGUUCAUUCACAAAAAUGCGGAAUUACUUCUUUCAAGAUACACGCAUGGAAAGUUUUCUCGUUGGAUUGCUAUUGUCUUGCCUGGAAUGGUUGAAUUGGCACGUGCUAGCAGUUUGGAGGUCGUAUUCCCCGAAAGCGUAGACCGUGCUCUAGCAGAUUUAUUCAUCAAUCGACGACAAAUUCUCGAAAUGGAAGAACUUGUGGACAAGAAUCAAUAUUGCCCGUUGUUGUCGUAUCUUGAGGCAUUGCCUUCGACAUACAAAAUCAGCCAUGAAACCAUAUUGAAGCAUCUGGACAGUGAUGGUUCUUUAUUUCAAUCACCCUCUGCAACAUCACGUGCAUACCUAUCCACCGGGAACGAAGCAUGCCUGGCUUAUCUUCAAUCUCUUGCUUCGAAUUGUGCUUCUAGUGGCAUUCCAUCUUUCUAUCCCGUGGAUGAAGAUCUUACAAAACUUUCCAUGGUUCAUCAACUGGUAAGAUUAGGGUUGACCGAGUAUUUCAACAGGGAGAACGAUGAAAUUUUGGCAAAAAUCUAUCGGAACUACAAGCAUGAAAAAGAAAUCACAAAAUCAAUUCAUUUGAUCGCUGCGGAGCUAUACAAAGAUUGUUUGGAAUUUUGGCUUUUGCGCAUGCAUGGUUAUAGGGUAUCACCAUCUAGCUUUUGUUGGUUUCUCAAUCAUGAAGAAGUUCGAGAUCACAUUGAAAAACAUUAUGAAUACUUCUCGAGCGUGCUCCUUUACAUUUAUAGAGCCAGCAAUCUUAUGCUUCCAGAUGAAUACAAACUCGAGAAAGCAAGAAUUUUCUCGAAGAAAUUUCUUGAGAAAAUUGCGUCUAGAGAAACAAGAGAUUCAAGCAUCAUCUCAUCGAGUCACUGCAGAAUGAUUGAGCACGAAUUGGGUCUUCCAUGGAUGGCUCGACUAGACCACCUGGAACAUAGGACGUGGAUGGAGGAAAAAGAUGCUUGUGUACUAUGGAUGGGAAAAUUUCAAUACAAUAGGCCAUCAUUUGUUCAUAAUCAAGAUAUAGUGCAACUUGCUCUGCAGAACUAUGUAUUGCGACAAUCUGUUUACAGGAUGGAGCUUGAUGUAGUAAAGAGGUGGUCCGAGACAACCGGACUUAGAAAGAUGGGGUUUGGUCGAGAGAAGACAUUGUACUCUUAUUUUGCUGUUGCCGCUUCCAUUUCUCUACCUUGCAACUCCGAUGUUAGAGUACUGGUCGCCAAGAGCGCAAUCAUGAUAACCGUUGCCGACGACUUUUUCGACAUGGAAGGUUCAUUAGAGGAUCUGGAAAAACUUACUAAUGCAGUUCAAAGGUGGGAUGGGGAAGGAUUAACUGCGCACGCCAAGACCAUAUUCGAAGCCCUCGACGAUCUCGUCACUGACUUUAGAAUGAAAUGCUUCAAACAAUCAGGGAAGGACAUCAAGAAAAACCUUCAAGAAAUAUGGGGCGAGACAUUUCAUUCAUGGCUCAUGGAAGCGAAGUGGAGCAAAAGCGGGGGUGCGCCUCCAACGCAAGAGUACCUCGAUGUGGGCAUGACAUCAAUCGCAGCACACAUCUUAGUCCUUCCCUCUUCGUGCCUCGCGAGCCCCACGACCCCGUUGCAUCAGCUGUGGUCCAACGCUUACCAGCCCAUCACCAAAUUGCUCAUGGUCAUCACUCGUUUGUUGAAUGACAUCCAAAGCUACGAGAAAGAAGAAAAGCAAGGGAAAUUGAACUUUGUGCUGCUCUACCUAAAGGAAAACCCCGAGGCCAGCAUUGAGGAUUCCAUCAACUUCGUGCAAUUGCUGCUAGAACAACUGAAGAAAGAGUUCCUCCUACACGUCCUUGAGGAACUCUGCAACUUGCCUGAACCGAGCAGGCGGCUCCACCUCGGGUGCUUGAAAGUGUUCCACAUGUUCUUCAACUCCUCUAACCGCUAUGACUCAGAGACGGGCAUGCUCCACGACAUCCAGAAAGCGCUUGUAGUCCCACCGCGAGUCCCCAAAUUGAAGCCCUUGAGGCCUUUGCCGGAGCAACUGGGACCGAAGCCACGGGAGUUUGUGACCAAGAGCCUGUAUGGCCAAGUCGGCCUCGAGCGUUUUCCUAGGAAGAGUUUUGUUGGGUAUCGAAUAUCUUCCCGAACUGGCCCAGUGGAUAGAUGGGAGAAGAUGUACAAGUCAUCUAAUUUUAAGUUAUGUUUCGCUUAGUUAUAGCAGUAGUAAAUCUUCAUGUACCAUGGUCAUGAAUUAAUCUCAUAGGUUCCCCCACCUGAAGCUAUUUUGGUUUAUAUCAAUAAUGAAA